ACCAACUACGAAAUUUGCUAUGUAUCGGCCACAUAAAUCGGUUGUCUCAUCCACCGAUAUCCAGACACAGUUCCCUCCGAUGUCAGAACGGAUUGACUCCAGAGUAGAUUCAUACAGCAAAGGACCAGAAGAGGAUAUUCCACGGAAACUUGAGUGUGUAGAGUUUGUAAUGCAUGCACCAUCAGAUUACUUCAAGGCUCGAAACACUCCGUUCCCACCUACUCAUGUUGAUGGUUCCGAAAGUAAUUUUAUCUGGACAAGACUUGCACCACAGAUGAGGUCCACGUGAUGUGAAUACGUAAAACAUACCUCAAGAAUAUGCUGAACUGUAAUGAAGCCAUGGAAAGAAGACCUUCAUCACAUUUAUCUCAGUUAUGCUUCCUCCUUCAGCAUACUCCUGUAUAUUCUCCAGUUGUGUACCCAUUCUGUUACAAGUUUUGAUCUGUUCUGUUCACACAAAUGUUGACAGUGAUAACCACGUGAUAAUCUCCACUCAUAACAAGUGCUGUGUGCUGGUUGACCUAGGCCAUGCAGGCCUGGAAGGCAUUACACAUAUAGGCAGAAACUACAUUUUUUAACCAUUUAUUUUUGUAAAGAAAAGUAGGCUUAUUUGUAUCAUUGUAUCUAUCUGUUGAUCAUUUGCUGUAUGUCCUCACUAACAUUUUAAUAUAUUACUGACAGCAGAAGACACUCCACCUACCAUCAGUAACACUAGUAUGCAAGUCAUGCAAACUUCUGAGAUGAGAGUAACAUCAGUACACCUUCUCUGUAAUCCUUAAGUUUGGUGUAAUAAAUGUACAAAAAUAUAUGCAACUUUUGUACACAUCAAAUUUUGUAGAAAUGAAA